AUGGAGAGAAGAGAGCUAUUGAACAUUCAGGUAAACACAAGUGAAUACGAAGAGGUCCAGGAGUGCGACCAGAAAGAGAGAAAGCGAUCUAAAAAGAUCAUAUCGAAGAAAAAAAUCUCACUCUACAAAACCGAGAUCUGCAAGAGCUUUGAAAACAGCAACUUCUGUACAUACGGAGACAAGUGCCAGUUUGCGCACUCUCUCAACGAGCUGCGGGACAUUGAAAGGCAUCCCAGGUACAAGACAGAGCUCUGCAAAACAUACACAACCUUUGGAGAGUGCACAUACGGCAAAAGAUGCUGCUUCAUCCACGCAGGGCCGAGUGAAGACAAGCACACAGACCUGCAGGACGCAAGAAACCUCCCAGGGGACUGGAAAAUACCUGGCGUGCACGACUCAGAGAUAGAAAUGUGCAGCAUAGCAGAAAGCGAAGAGCUGAAGAAUGUAGGGUCUCUAAUAAACGCAGAAGAGCUGGAGAAAAUAAAAACUCUUACAAUGUUCAAAAUAAAGCCGCCCUUUGUGCAGAAGAAUCCGUCUGUAAAUGCGCUGUUCAAGAUACCUCCAGUGAUCUACAUAGGAGCAUCGCACAGCACCUCGAACAUCUGGGUCAAGCCCCACUUUUGCUACAUGUUCGUUGACUCAACGUGUAAAGUGUCGAACACAAUAGCUCUGGGAAAGUCUCCAGGCUCAGUCUCUCUGACAAAAGAUUAUAGUAGAUAG